GAAAGAUUUGCCUCCGUGAAAACCCGUUGAAAAGGCCUCAUUUUCCCGCUCGCUGCUCUCCUCUGCUCGUGCACAGAAGAGCCUAAUCAGGGCUCGAGCUCCUUCAUCCAAAGCGAAGUAUUUGCUCAACUCAACUCAAGCCACUGUGCACUGAAACCCUAGGAUUUCUUCAGAAACCUCACACUAAUGGAGCUCCGCUUUUUUCGCUGAUUGAUUAUGUCCGGAAUGCUCCUCCUGAUGAUUUGCAGUCAUGCUUUGACUAUGUCCUAUUUCCCUUACUGCUUCUCCUCGAUGCCGCCAUUUGUUGCAGUCAUCUUCUAAAGGUGACCCAAAUAGAAACAUAGGAGUGCAAUCAGUGAUAGGGUGGCAGAAGGUGUGUUUUAGUGUUUGGAACAAGUUUUAAAGAAGUGCCUUUUGGUUUCUGUGAAUCAGGUCGGAGAUGCCGAGGACUCGGACCAAUAAUGCGAGCUCCAACAAUGAGAAUGCCGAGGCCCUCGGUGAAGUUUUCAAGAUUUUGGGAGCCAUGACCCAGACGAUGAAGGAGAAUAUGUCGGCUUUGACUGCCUCUGAGCCAAGACUUUAUGAUAGUAGUUUUGUUGAGAAGUUUAAGAAGUUAGGGCCACCCACCUUUGCAGGACUUGAUGGAGUAGAGAAAGUCGAGAGAUGACUGAUGCAGGUUGAGAAGAUCUUUGAAGUCCUGCAAUGCACUGAGGAACAGAAGGUUAGGCUGGGAACCUUCAUGUUAGAAGGAGAUGUUGAGCAUUGGUGGGGCUCAGUGAAGCAAUCAUGGGAACGGUCAGGGACAAAAGUAAACUGGGACACUUUUCUGGAGGCCUUUAAUGAGAAGUACUUCCCUGAUUCUGUAAAGGAGAGGAAAGAAGUAGAGUUUAUAGAAUUGCAACAAGGGAAGUUAACAGUGGAGCAGUAUGCGGCUAAGUUUUUAGAAUUGUCUCGAUAUGCGCCGCAUGUUAUCAAUAUGGAGGCUCAAAAAGUAAAUAAGUUUGAGAGGGGCCUUAUGCUGGAUAUUCGAGGAAGAAUAAUGGCGGCCAAUCUUAAGACUUUUUCCCCACUGGUGGAUCUGGCCAGGAAAAUAGAGAGAGAUUGUGAUGAAUACCGACUGAGGAAGGAGCAGCACAAGACAAGGCCCACGCCUUCGAGAGAUUUCCAAGAGAGAGGAGAUCAGAGACAUGACAACGCCCAGAGGACUUUUCAGGGCGAUAUUAGACAGAAGCAGCCAGUGCCAUGUGGUUCUUGUGGGAAGCUCGGUCACGCGGCUCCCGAGUGCUGGCUAAGGACGAAGCCAUGUUUUAAGUGUGGCAAACUGGGCCACUUGAUCAGAAUUGCCUCGUGAUGGGAGCCGAGCCUAAGCCAAGGACUCAAGGCCGAGUGUUUGCACUUGUAAAUCACGAGGCAAGGGGUUCCACCCCAGAGAACCAAAUUUGAAGAGGCAGAUAGUGCGGUGGGGGAAUGCGCAGGUGGAGCAGGUUGGAAGAGGACCGACUCGUUGAAUUAAUACGCCUAUGUGGAGGUGGACAUUGCCAAAGACAAUUGAAGCAAAUCCAUGCUUAUUUACUUGUAAAUGGACAAUCCCAGAACAACUUCCUCCUCACUAAGCUCAUACGCACCCUUGUAUCAGCCAGGUGCUUAGGCUACGCGCACUCCAUCCUCGACAGUGUUUCCAACCCAAAUGCUUUCUUGUGGACUGCAAUGAUAAGAGCAUACUCCCAAACACAUGAUCAUGCACAGGCGGAACAAGCUCUUCUCCUAUAUACUCAAAUGCAAAAACAAGCAACUCCACCCUUAACCUUCACAUUGUCCUCCACCUUGAAGGCUUGUGCUAGAUUGGCUUCCCUGCACACAGGCAAACAUCUCCACACUCAUGUCAUAGUGCAUGGUCUCCACUCAGACACAUUUGUCCAGACCACUCUUGUUGACAUGUACGCUGCAUGCGGGAACACGGCUGAUGCGCAACUCUUGUUUGAUAGGAUGUCUAUCAAAGAUAUCCAAGCUUGGAAUACAAUGAUCGCGGGGUAUGUGAGGUCGGGUGACUUGACAAGUGCCCUUUCGUUGUUUCACCAAAUGCCUGAGCAAAACGCCCAUUCAAGGGUUGAGAUUGUAAUGGGGUAUGCUAAGGUUGGGAACAUGGAACCUGCUCGUCGCUUGUUUGAAUCUUUGGCUCAUAGAGAUAGAAGUAUCCUUCUUUACACUGCCAUGAUUGUGGGGAACGCCAAGUGUGGGGACAUUAAAAUUGCACGUUCCAUGUUUGAUGACAUGGUGGAGAGAGAUGUGCCCUCUUGGAAUGCCAUGAUUGCUGUUUACGCUCAGAACGGGCGUAGUCAUGAAGCCCUAGAUCUCUUCCGCCUGAUGUUACAAGAGGGAGGAGGGUACCAAAACCAAUUAAGACCUAAUCAGGCUACAAUGGCAAGUGUAAUCUCGGCUUGUGCACAGUCUGGAGCUCCUGGCCUCGCUAAAUGGGUCGGCGAUUUUUUAAGUAAGACUGGGAUGCAGCUCGAUGCCCGUGCAAUGACUGCUCUCAUAGACAUGCAUGCCAAAUGUGGGAACCUAGAUGAGGCUCAAAAGGUGUUUCGAGAAUUAAAAGAGAGAGAUGUGGUUUCAUAUAGUGCCAUGAUCUCGGGGUUUGCCAUCCAUGGGCGUGCCCUCGAAGCAAUCCAGCUCUUCUCAGAGAUGUUGUCACAAAGCUCUCUAGGGUUGAAGCCCGAUGGUGUCAGCUUCAUUGGUGUAUUGACUGCAUGCAGCCACGCGGGUUUGGUGGAGGAUGGAUAUCGAUAUUUUGAGCUCAUGUGCCAAGAGUAUUCCAUCCCACCAACCCCUGAUCACUAUACAUGCAUGGUCGACCUUCUUGGUCGAGCUGGACGCAUAGAAGAUGCAUACAAGUUCAUACAGAAAGGCAUCACAGUGAUGGGUGGAAAAAUUGGGGACCAUGCUGGUGUUUGGGGGGCCUUGCUUAGUGCAUGUAGGUUGAUGCAUGAUGUUAAUAACAGUCAUAAUGAUUAUUUGGUACAAAUUGCAGAGACUGCAGCAUAUCAUCUUUUCGAAUUGGAGUCAGAAAAUGCGGCAAAUUUUGUGAUGCUCUCUGAUAUCUAUGCAAAGGCGAAGAGGUGGGAGGAGGUGGGCAAGGUUCGGGAGAUGAUGAGGCGCAAAGGAAUAAGAAAGGCACCAGGUUGUAGUUGGACAGAGUCAGAGGAUGGUGUGGUUCACAAAUUUACCACAGGGGAUACUUCACACCCCCUUUCAAAUGUUAUACAUGAAUCGUUGGGGGAGCUCAUGCAAGAGCUCAAGGACAAGGAGGGGUUUGUGCCCAAAAUUGAGUUGGUUUUGCAUGAUGUGAGUGAUCUAGAGAAGGAGCAGCUCCUCAUGUGCCAUAGUGAGAAGCUGGCCAUUGUUUUUGGGCUCAUUACAAGUGAUCAUAAUACCCCAAUCCAAGUUAUGAAGAAUUUGCGGGUUUGCGAAGAUUGCCAUAGUGCCAUUAAGAAAAUAUCCAAGAUCAAGAGGCGUGAAAUCCUUCUUCGGGACAAUAUUCGUUACCAUCAUUUCAAGGAUGGUACUUGUUCAUGUGGGGACUACUGGUGACUCCACAAAAGUGCUUGAUAUUUGCACCGGUGGUAUUUUCUUGUCUGCUAGAGAGAGAUCAAAAGUGACCCAGUCCUAGAUGGAAUGAUUUGGACCCAUCUCCAGUGUCAUCCUACGAUGGUUGGUGGAGAUAAUCUAUGUCUUAAUCAAAACUCAAAUGUAAUGAUUCGGACCCCAUCUCCGCUGUCAGACAAACUCAGAUGGAAUUUAUGCAUCAUCUCUACCAGCCAUCAUAGGAAUGGUUCCCAGUGAAAUAUUCUUACUUUUCAAAUGUUUUUGAGCUCAUGGGGUGAACCCAAAGCCUAGUGGUUUAUUUUCUUAUAGUUGGUGUCUCUUUAGAAUUUUCAUUUGUGCAGGAGACUCAGAGUGUCUGUUAGGGCUAUGUAGUGGGCUUCCUCAACUACUCAUCCGUCAGGAAUCCUGAAGGAUCAAGUAAUUCUCUAAUAUGGGGACAACAAAUCGUGCAAGUAUUGGCCUAUAUACACUGCCAAAAUUUGGGAAUGUGCGGGUCAACUCCAUUGGUUUUCUGCCUGGACAAUUUACCUCGCUUCAACAAACUCAACCAUCUCAAGAUUAUCCUUCUUUCUCUUGACUCAUCAGUUUCUUGUGAGUGAUAAUGCCCUUGGGUGUAUUUUUGGAAACAGUUACCUUUGGAUGAGCAUGUGGACAUCUACGAAAUGCUUUUUUGCGAACUCAGGGCAGCUGGUGAAAUAGUCAAAGAUUCUGAAUUAGUUUGACAGGUCACUCGAAAAUACGGCAGCUCAUUUUUCUUGCAAAGUUGUUUACAAAAUGAUUGCCCCUUCUUUGAUGUUUAAUACAUGCCAUUGUUAUUUUGUUCUAUGUAAACUCCACAUCUUUGUCUUGACAUCUUUGUUUUAGUAGGCUGGUUCUGAGACCGAUGCUUUAUUUAUAUGUUUCAAGCUAUGCAAGUGCAUUUCUUGGGCUUUUAACAGUA